UAAAUUUUAAAAGUUAAUAAUAAAUUAUUGUUUUAAUUAUUUUACUAUACAAACAUAGUAGAAACAAUAUAUUUAUAAAAUUUGUGGAUUAUAUUCUUUAAUUGAAAAAUUAUGUUUUCUAUUGAAACUUUUCUAUGAGUUGAGAACCCCUACCGUAAACGUUAUUAUUAUUACUCCACUGUAAAGAAUUUCAUUGUCACUUACAAAAUUUACAUAAGUUUCUAAGUGUACUCUAAUUGCAAUUACAGUUUGUAAUUAAACUAAACGAUAUGUACGUAUUAUACACAUUAAUAAAUAAUUUAUCUAUAAAUUUUUUUAUAAAUAGCUUACAUGAAUAUUGCAAAACAUUUUUCAAAUGUCGCGGCCAUAUGAUUACUACGUAGUUCAGUUUCGUUAACUAUCAUUUUUGACAGUUCAAUUUUCAUGUUAAUUAAUGUUUAGUUUAGUUACAAGAUUCUUUAUAUUGACAAAAAAUAUGUUUCUCGUUGUUAGUUGAGAAAAGAAGGGAGAGGAAAGAAGAAGAAAACACAAAAUGACUUCGGAAGAAGAUUGUCCUUGUACGGACAUGUCCGAACCUUCGAACGUGACGUCUUUACGUACUGACAUAAGUUCGAUAGUAAAUUCUUAUGAGUCUUACGUAAAAAUUACUGAAGAAAAGAAAAAGACAGACGAAGAACCUCACAAAAAGACUAUUAAUCAAGAAUCACCAAAAGCAACAAAUCAUCGAGAAAUGACGCAAUUCGAGCCUGUUAUACCUUGCUAUUGUCAUGUCCCAAUAAUAAAUGCUUGCACAUUACCAGUAAAGUAUACAAAAGAUGAUCACCGUAGACGUCGUUCAUUUUGGUCUAAUUUUCGUUACAAAUGGUCUGAUAAAAAAUAUCUCGAUGAUAGAAAUCGAAAAUACGACAUUAAAUUACGACGGAAUUCGUGUUAUAAGUCUUUAAAUAAAAUCACGAAUGGUAGCGUAAAAACAAAGCCCGAAGAGAAAAUAAAGUUUCAAGCUGACAAAUUAGGUCAAGGUGACAAAAAAAGAAAAAAUCUUGCCGAGAGAAUCGAUAUUUAUUACUUCGAUCAUGGAAAUUCUGCAUAUUAUCGAACAACGGAUUCACCACCCAUAUUAACGACAGAAAAGUGUGCUGAAAAGACGGACCAAGCGGCAACACGUUUUUGGGCUGAAAUAUUUGGCACGAUUCACAUAGGAACAGCAUUUUUAACAGCUUUUAUUCUACAAUUGAUAAGAUUCAUACUAUUCAGUCUUAUUCGACCAUUGACUGUUGGUAUAUUGCAAUUAUUUGCAGACUAUUUCGUGAAACCAUUACUUUCGAUAAUAUUUAACGCAUUGAUACAACCAAUUUUAAUACUUUUAUACAAUAUCGCAACAUCUAUCAAAGAUCUUUGCGAGCCAUUGGCAGAAACUAUCGGUUUAUUUUUAAGAGAGAUAGCAAAUCUAUGUAGAUCGAUUAGGAUAAUAGAAAUAAAAUAUGAAAAUAAGGGUUCUCCUACUUGAAAGUGAGAAACAAAUUAAUUAUUGAGACGUAUACUUAAUCGGCAUACGAAUGAGGAUAAUUUGGAAGAAUUUUAUUACGGCCAAGGAUUUAUAACAAGUCGAUCAACUGGUACGAUGAUCGUUUCAACAUGAAAAUAACAGGAUAUUGCCUUAACACCAG